UAUAAAUUAAAAAAAAAAACUUAAGUGUAAAUAAAUUUCUUCUUAUUAAUAUGGUACAAUCAGUGCAAAAAAUGAUUUUUAAGUAUUGAAGAAAUACAUCAUUUUUAAUAAUUUAUUAGUUUGUUUUCUUGACUGGUGAUUUCAUCAUAAUGUUUAUUUACAUCUUAUGGUGGUUCAUCCUCUUAGUAAACGAUGUGAGAGGCGUUAUUGUACCAUCAAAAAUGAUUCGGCAUUUAAGUAGGCACGUUGAUGACGCUAUGAACAAAUAUGAUCAAAAAGAAUUAGCCAUACUCAAUACUGGAAUACAAUUGAGUAAAGAUUCUCCAUCUUGGUUUUUGAGCUUAUCUCACGAGAUAUCAGACGCCGCAAAAAAUCUUUCUAAACAAGCGCUGAGAAGCGAAACAAUGGCGAUCAUGAUGGUUGAAGCAUUUAAAAUGACUCCCGAAGAUGCAAUUGAGCUGUUACCAACGGUGACCUUAGGCUCGGGUGUCUGCAGUGAUACUAAUGCUUUUAGAAAUAUUGUUAUGGAAUGUAAAAACUCGAAUAUUAAAUAUAGAACUUACUCUGGUAGGUGUAAUAAUUUAUUACAUCCAUCUUGGGGAGCAGCUUUAGAAAGUUACUCAAGAAUAUUACCGGCAGACUAUCAAGAUGGUGUGUCAUUGCCACGAUUAUCCGUACCAAGUGCACGGGAGAUAUCAAUUAAUGUCUUCUCUCAUGGUAUUGAUAUUAAACAUCCUUAUUUGAUGGCGAUAACAACUUUAUUUGGUCAAUUUAUUGCCAAUGAUUUGGCUCACACGCCUAAAAUGGUCUUACCAAAUGGGAAGAAAUUUAAAUGCUGUAAUGUAGAUUAUGAUAAUUUUCAUCCUGAGUGUUUUCCUAUUCCAAUGGAAAAUUAUCCAGGUUGUAUGGAAUACACAAGGUCUGCCCCACAUCCUGGAAAUAUUUAUCAGGGUUGUAAAUUAGGAUCAAGACAACAAAUGAAUCAAGCAACAUCGUUUUUAGAUUUAUCACCAAUCUACGGAAACUCUGAACAAAUCACAGCUAGUUUACGUGCCAAUAGAAGUGGUCUUUUCAGUACCCAAAGAAAAAAUUUACCAGUGCCAUUAGAAAAUUUAGACAAUUGUCGAAAUAGUAAUAAAGCGCUUCCCUGUUUCUUCAGUGGAGAUUCAAGGAUCAAUGAGAGUCCUGGAAUAACUUUAAUGCAUGUUUUAUUUUUACGUGAGCACAAUAGAAUUGCUAAGCAAUUAAAUGUGCUGAAUCGACACUGGAAUGAUGAAAAAUUAUUUCAAGAGUCACGGAGAAUCGUUAUUGCUGAGAUGCAGCAUAUUACCUACAAUGAAUUUUUACCAGUUAUCUUUGGUGAAAGUAACCUUGAUAGAUAUAGACUUCGCUUAACUGAGCCUGGUGCUUUCACCUCUUACGACCCAAGAAUUGACCCAACCCUACCGAACGCUGUUGCUUCAGCAGGAAUUUUUUUCUUUUUUGCUCUUACACCAAAAAUCGAUUCUAUGGAGAGUCGGAUAACUUCUAAAUCUAAUGAAAAAUUUACACAUUCAAAUUUUUAUGCUCCUCAAGAGUUGUACGAAUCAGGAGCUGUUGAUCGAUUAAUUACUAGUGUAACUGCUGAAAAUUCAAGGAAACCAUUCGGAUUGAAUGGAAUACUGUUGAAAAGAUUUUUAUACGAUGAAAAAACUAAUGAAGUCGUGGACUAUGUUGCUCGUGUUAUACAAGAAGGACGGGAUCAUGGAUUACCACGAUACAUUAGAUGGCGAUCAUUUUGUAAUCUUCCUCAAGUUAAAACAUUUACUGAUCUUUUAAAUAUAAUGAGCAAGGAUAGCAUUAAACGGCUUCAACGUGUUUAUAGGAAUGUAGAUGAUAUUGACUUAAUAACAGGCGCUUUAUUAGAGAAACCCUUCAAGGAUUCAGUAAUGGGACCAACAUUUCUUUGUUUACUGGGCACUGCCUUCAAAAGCGUGCGCUUGGGUGACAGAUAUUGGUAUGAAAAUACUAAAACACCAGGUGCUUUUACAAUUAAACAAUUACAUGAAAUCCGUAAAACUACAUUAGCUAAAUUAUUAUGUGAUAAUGGAGACACAUUGAAACGUGUACAACCAAAAGUGUUUCUUCUUGAGGAUUCUUUCUUAAAUCCGGUGACAGAUUGUAUGUCAUAUCAAAAACAAAGCAUAGAUCUAACAGCGUGGACAGAAUAAUUAUAAAAAUUUUUAUGAACUUGAAGAAAAUGUUCAACGUAUUAAUUUUUUUAUACCCUCAAUUG